CCCCUUUUGGCCUUUGCUCUCUCUCGAUCCCAGCUUCCGAGUUCUGACUCUGAGAGUCUCACAAUCGAAACAGAGAGAUCUGAAUAACACUUUUGAAGAUCAGCGAUGGCGCAACCACUCGUGAAAAAAGACGACGAUCACGAUGAUGAGCUGGAGUAUUCUCCAUUCAUGGGAAUUGAGAAGGGAGCAGUGCUUCAGGAAGCUAGAGUCUUCAAUGACCCUCAGCUUGAUCCUAGAAGGUGCUCGCAGGUCAUCACGAAGCUUCUUUAUUUGCUUAACCAAGGAGAGGCAUUCACCAAGGUCAGUUUUAUCCAUGCUAAUGGGAACUUUCUUUUUAGAGUGAUAUUGUUCCUUUAUCCGCAAAUUUGUUGUUUGGUAUUGUAAUGUUAGGAGUGUGAAUGCAAUGU